AUGAGUGGGUUAUCAGCGUCUCCGCCUCCGGCUUCCGGAGCAAAGGGUAGCAAAAGUACAAGCAACAGCAGCAACAACAUGAAAACUCCCAUUGGUGGUGAGGACGUCUGUGCUGUGGUGGUCCAACUAGGGUCUUCAACUGUGAGUGUUGGAUAUGCGCAAGAAGACCACCCGCGAAUCGUUGCUGAUGCUCUUGUGGGUAGGAGGAAGCUUCGCUUGCAGAACAAGCAGCAAGGGGACGGGCUGUUUUGUGGGGAAUGUUGUUGUUGUAGGUCUCAAGCUUCUCUAUGUGCGCCCCCAGACACUGACAUCAGGGAUAUACAGAACCAGCAGCACCGGAGGCGGAAUUGUUUACACUGGACUAAGUCAAGUGGUGUAUCUCCAUCUGUUUUCUAUAGCCGGGGCCCAUUUAUAUGGCCUUCAGGGGGCAACGCGUGCUGCAGCUGCCAAUGUAGUCAUCAACAGAUUGUGUUUCCCGUCUCUUUAGAGCUGCAGACACCACACACUGAAGUAGAUCCGAUACUUGCCACCCCGAAAGAAAAACCAGCUGGAGCAACGGCAAGCCCUGCUCUAGGGGGCAUCGCAAGCUCUACAGGGCCCGUGGAAGAAAGUAAAAAAUUAGCGCUGCAGCUGCCGCAAUCGCAGCAACACGGGCUCUUUAGGCAGCUCGACAGAAGUGCGUUUUCGACUGCAGUUCGAAUAUGCAUUGAGGGGAAUGUUCACGAAAGCGAAGCAAACAAGAGAACUCUUAGACCUCCGGAGACACGAAGACGUCAACAGCAGCAGCAGCAGCAGCAAAAGGCUGAAGAGGCCAAUUAUAGCCAGCACAGCUGCAGCUGCUGCUGCACGAAGCGGGAGCAGCGGCAACAGACAGCAGCAGGAUGUAAUGGUGUCUUCCAGACAGCUCAUCUACCGGAGGGUAGCCCAAAGGCUCUAAAUAUCAGCUUAACCAAUAGCAGCAGUAGCAAGGGCGGCAGCGCAUCAGUGGAGGCAUUUGGGUGCUCGCCAUUUGGCGGCUUGGGUGUUUGGACUCAUGAGCAUCCUGUGCUCGUUGUGGAGCCAACAGGAACAUCGAAAGCUCUCCGUCAGUCACUAGCCGCUGCCGUAUUUGAAGACCUACAAGCUCCAGCUGCUUUCUUUGUCCCUGCUGCUGCUGCCGCUGCAUUCUCGAUGGGCCGCAGCACAGCCCUUGUCGUUGAGCUAGGAGCAGCUGGAGGAUCCGUUGCUGCAGUUGUUGAUGGAUACACACUCCACAGGAGCACCAAGUUGUUCCCUGUUGGUGGAGAUUUCUUAGACGGGCAGAUCGAGUUGGUGCUCAAACGCCACCUUCAGCAGCAACAGCAGCAACAGCACCAUGUGGACGAGCUGUUCCUGCCACUAUUUUCCAACCGCAGCAGCUACAAUUGCAGCAGCAGGGGCAACUGCAGCAGAUCACUGCUUCGACUUAGCACGCUGGCUCUUUGCCGCCGCCUACGGGAGGCAUGUUGCGUUGUGAGGGAGUUCGGCGAUGCAAAUUUGCCGCUGUCCGUUACUGCCGUCGAAACCCAGGAUAAAGGAGCUGCGUACACGCCUGAAGACCCGUACCAUUUUGAGCUCCCCGACGGUUCCGUAAUCAACUGUGGAGCGUUUAGAGAAACUAUUGGCGAAGUUCUUUUUAGGCCAACAGAAGCCCUGCGUGCACUUCAGCAGCUGCAGGGGAUUUCGCCAGCGGAAAGCUCAACAGAUCUUCUACAGGGAUUUAAAGGAAUCACAGAGGUCGUUGCUGAUUGUUUGUACGACUGUGAUGUGGACCUCCGCCGAGAUCUUCUUUCAGCUGUCAUUUUAACUGGCGGGCUUUCACUCACACCAGGCCUAGCAAGCCGCUUUGCUGCGGAACUUGAUAGCGAGACUUUCCCCCUAACGACGUCACAUUCGGGUUUGAAAUCACGUGUCGUCUUUGCAAAUUCCUACGCCGAGAAGAAGUCUGCCGCGUGGCUCGGUGGUUCCAUUUUGGCGUCUCUAGGAACAUUUCAGCAGAUGUGGAUCAGCAAACAAGAAUAUGAAGAGCACGGUUUUGGCAUCCUGGAUCAGCGCGCUCUCUGA